UUGAAUUCUCAGGAAAAAAACUUAACUGAGGAUGAGUUGAACGCUCUUAUUGCGCAUGCACAUUUAGAGGUGGAUCAUUUGAGAAGGCAGCUCUCAGAACAACAGGUACGUGAGGAGCAGAACAUCGCUUGUGCUAUCGCUGAUCAGCGCGAAGCUGACGAACGCAUCGCAGCUGAGCGUUUAAAACUUGAGCUGGAAAAUCUUCAGCGACAACAGGACGUUGAAAUAGAGAGAGCAGUAAUGAAAAAUCGAUCUUCUUGGGAAACUGAGAUGGAAGAGCAGUUAAAACGAACCGCCGCAGCGCAUUCUGAGCAUUUGGAGCAAGUAAUUCGUACGCAACGGCAACUGUUUGAAAUCGAGCAUAGCCAAAAAGUUGAGGAGGCAAUCAAACUGGAACGUGAUAUUCACAGUCGUCAAGUUGGCGCAGCGUUAAGCCGCUUGGAGGGUAUAGAGUUUGCUCUCAAUAACAGAGUCGCUUUGGAUUCGGAGAAUCGUCGGUCAAAGCAGUUCUGGAUUGCUUGUCAUAACCUUAUUGACUCUAUCAAACAUGGUAACAAAGCUGGAAAUGAUUUGGAGAAGCGUCGAUUUCCCUUAGCAGAGUCGCUAUCGUUGCUUAAACAGGCAAUGUUUCAUUUAUUCGUUUUAAGCUCAAAAAAUCUGUUCGAAAAGACCAUUUCCCACAGUGUUGCUUGUCCCGAAAAAGCCUGUUCAGGCCGUUUCGAGGUUAUUAACACAUACAGUCGUUACCUUUUUGGAUUGGAAGAAGGAUCACUGACUUGA